GACCAUAACAUGGAGGCUAAAGCUUUGAUUCCUGAGGACGAUCUCUGUUGCUCUAUAUGUUGUGACAUUUUUAAAGAGCCUGUUCUCCUGAAAUGCAGCCACAGCUUCUGUAAAGUGUGUGUGCAGCAGUGCUGGGAAAAGAACAGCUCUCGAGAGUGUCCCAUCUGCAAGAGAAAGGCCUCUAUGGAAUUUCCUCCAAACCUGGCCUUAAAAUACAUUGUGGAGUCUUACUUAAAGCAGAAGGCUGAGAGAGAAACUGCUGACAAGAGUGAGACUCAUUGUAGUCUUCAUGGGGAAAAACUUCUAUUUUUUUGCAAACAUGAUGAAGAGCCUCUCUGUCUCGUCUGUCAGACUUCAAGAAAACAUAGAAACCACCCUGUCUGUCCAAUCGAAGAGGCCUCAAUGGAACUUAAGGAGGAACUUAUUGAAGUAAAAAUGGAGAAGUUUACUGAGCUUAAACAAGAAUGUAAGAAAGCAGCAGAACACAUCAGGAGUCAAGCCCAGCACACCGAGAGGCAGAUAAAGGCAGAGUUUGAGAAGCUCCACCAGUUCCUGCGAGAGGAAGAGGAGGCCAGACUAGCUGCACUGAAAGAGGAAGAGGACCAGAAGUGUCAGAUAAUGGAGGAGAAGCUAGAACACAUCACAAGAGACAUCUCCACCCUUACAGAGAAAAUCACAGCUAUAGAGAAGGCCGUGGAGACCGAAGGAACGUCCUUUUUAAAGGAGGAACUUAUUGAAGUAAAAAUGGAGAAGUUUACUGAGCUUAAACAAGAAUGUAAGAAAGCAGCAGAACACAUCAGGAGCUACAAGAACAUCAAGGAAAGAGCCCAGUGCACACUGCAGGACCCAGAGCUGCUCUCAGGGGCACUGAUAGACGUGGCCAAACACCUGGGCAACCUGACGUUCAGAGUCUGGGAGAAGAUGCUGGGGAUGGUGCAGUACACUCCCGUGAUACUGGACCCCAACACUGCACAUGCCUAUUUCUCUCUCUCUGAUGAUCUGACCACUGUGAGACACACAGGUACAGCGCAGAAAUGUCCUGACAACCCAGAGAGGUUUAAGCCCUGUGUGAAUGUGCUGGGAUCUGAGGGGUUUACCUCAGGGAAACACAGCUGGGAGGUGAAGGUUGGGAAUAAACGUGAGUGGAGAAUCGGAGUGGUGAAAGAGUCCAUCAACAGGAAGGGAGAUAUAACAUACAGCCCACAGAGAGGAUACUGGCUCAUAAUACUGAGGAAUGGUGAUAAGUACAGUGCAGCAGGAGUAGAUGACCUCACACUGGAGAGGAAACCCCAGAGCAUCAGGGUGCAGCUGGACUAUGACAGGGGGGAGGUGUCCUUCCUCAACUCCAGUGACAUGUCCCUCAUUUACACUUUUAAAGACACAUUUACUGAGAGGGUGUUCCCAUACUUCUCUCCCCGUGUGAGAGAUGGUGGUAAGAACGAUGAACCCCUGCAGAUCUGCCCAUUAAAAAUCUCUGUAACAGUGACAUCAUCCCAGUGAAGGUGUUUGUUUAAAAAAUAAACUAGAAAUGCUGUCAGGGAUUUUGCAGCAUUUCUGAUCUGCCUCAGCAUGCCUGGCUGUUGACUUGAGCAUAUUCACAGCUUUUGAGUCCUUAAGCAAGGCCCUUAACCCCACAUCACUUUGGAUAAAAACAUUCGCUAAAUGACAAUUUUUUUUGUUUUAUGUAUUAAAUUAUUUACUUUACUCUAAUUGCCCCGUAAGUUUUUCAACUACAUAUUUUAUUUUAAAAGGAUCAAAUGUUUUCACAUUGCAAGAGUUCCAUAGAGGAAAUCCAUUUAAUAAUUAUAAUUUGUUUUCUUUUCAUCACUAAUUACUUGGUUGAGUUGAUGAACUGGACAUGCAUUUUUGCUAAUGUACAUACAAGCAGUAUCUUUUGUGUUUUCUUUUUAUCAGAAUCAUUAGACUAAACUUUAUUUAAUAUAGUGUUUAUACAUAAAACAGAUGCACACUUGUGGGUAAAUCAAAUGCUUUUAUACCUGAUCGAUGUCAUUCCUGUUGAGCUGUAUUCAUGAGACCGUGUACAUGCUUGAAAUGUGAGUAUGGUGAGCUCUCGUUAGUGUGACUCCAUCAGGCUCCUGGGCUCUUUUCACAUUGUACUUUGCAGAUGCAGUGAAGAAUAAAUUCACCCUGUCAGUACCAUGCUGUAGGAUUUACAUCUGAGCCUUCAGUAGCCUUACCUGCACACCUGCCAUUGCUCUGCCAACUGUUCAUUCCUUUUGCUUUACUGCUUGUGAUUGGUCAUUCAAAUAGUGAGAUACAUUCAUAUUUACCAAGUCAAUAUUUACUAAAUACAUUUUUGAUUUAAAUUAGAUUUUUUAAUUUAUCUAUAAAGAUUAUUAAUACAUAUCAUAACACAAGAAAUGUGGUGCUAUGUAUAAAAAUGCUGUAAUUUCUAGAUGGAGAAACCAAAGUGUAUAUAAAUACCCUGAAAUAAAUGCU